AGACUGUAUAGGCAGUGAGCAACGAGCAUGCCUUGUGGACACGCACACCACCAGCCGGGCUACCCAGAGCUCAACUUUGCUGCCCAGCCAAAAUGGAUCAAAUCCAUCAACUCUGGCCGCCUGGACCAAUUUGUCGGCGGUGCAUUUGCAUCUAUCAACCUCUCCUCUGCGCUCGUCAAGCACCGUACGGAUGACAUCAAGCAUGUCAAGCUGGAAGUGUGGAGUGCUCCGGGUAGGACCAAGCCUGACUUUGCGGAAGCGGUGAAGCAGACGUUCAAGCCUGCAAAGAAGGGGGAUUCUUUUGGACCUUCUUGGACCAACCACUGGUUCAGGGUGACGCUUAAUGUCCCCAAAGCAUGGGCAAACGAAGAGCGCGUCCAAUUCGAGUUCAACCCCAACUGCGAGGCAAUGAUCUGGACAAAAGAAGGUCUCCCUCUGCAAGGUAUUACCGGAGGGGAUGGCGGAGACCACCGUUGGGACUACAUCCUCGAUGCCAAGGCGCGCAGCGGGGAGCAUAUCAUCUACAUCGAGUCGAGCUGCAAUGGCAUGUUUGGAAUUGAUGGCAUCAACCCGCCAAGCGACAACCGCUACUACUGGCUCAACUCAGCCGACAUCGUUGUCCCUAACACCGCCGCCGUCGCGCUGAUGCGAGACUUCCAAACGCUCAAAGAGAUCCGCACGCACAUCACAGCUGAAGUGCAUCUCUCGCACCACGCCCAAUGGGUCGCGAACGAGAUCAUGAACGUGUGGCAGCGCGGUGGUGGCGCGAACGCGCUGUUGAGUCAGGAAGAGCUGGGGAAGCUGAUUGAACAAUGUAGGAAGCUGGCUGAGGAGAUCUUUGGCGAGGGCUGGAGGGAGCAGGGGGAGAAAGUGUAUGAGGGCAAGGAGUGGCAGGUCUGGGGUAUUGGGCACUGUCACAUCGACACCGCCUGGCUCUGGCCAUACAGCGUCACCCAGCAAAAGGUUGCACGUUCCUGGUCGACUCAGGUCGACCUCAUGGAGCGCUACCCGGAGCACCGGUUCGCUGCCUCCUCUGCGCAGCAGUACAAGUGGCUCGAGCAGCUCUAUCCUCCCUUGUUCGAGAAAGUCAAGCGCAAGAUCAUUUCGGGCCAGUUUCACACUAUCGGCGGCCAAUGGCUCGAGAGCGAUGUCAACAUGCCUUCUGGAGAAGCACUGUGCAGGCAGUUCCUCUAUGGGCAGAGGUACUUUGAGAGCAGGUUUGGUGCGAGGAACGUCACCAGCUGGCUGCCGGAUAGCUUUGGCUACACUGGGAGUUUGCCACAGAUCCUCAGGCUUAGCGGGAUGAAGUACUUCUUUACCCAAAAGCUCAGCUGGAACAACAUUAACAAGUUCCCUCAUACGACGUUCAACUGGGUAGGCAUUGACGGGUCUCAAGUGCUGGUACACAUGACGCCUGUGGAUACCUAUACUGCCCAAGCGACGGUGGAAGAUGUCCGCAAGGGUAUCACCUCGCACAAAAACCUCGAGGUGACUAACCAGUCCCUCCUUGUAUUCGGCAACGGUGACGGCGGCGGAGGACCGCUUGAGGCCAUGCUCGAGAACCUGCGCCGGACAAGGGCGGUGGCGAACAAGUACCGCGAGGUCCCGCUCGUCAAGAUGGGUAACACAGUCGAGGAGUUCUUCGAGAAGCUUGAGGACCAGACGUGCGAGGGCAAGACCUUGCCCAACUGGCACGGCGAGAUGUACUUCGAGUUCCACCGUGGGACUUACACGUCACAUGGUUCGAUCAAGAAGGGCAACCGCAAGUCCGAGAUCCUGCUGCACGAUGUCGAGUACGUCGCUACGCUCGCCUCGCUGUUCGCCACGAAACAUGCAUACACGUAUCCUAAGAACAAGAUUGACCCUCUCUGGGAGGAUGUCUUACUCAACCAAUUCCACGAUGUACUUCCCGGCUCCGCUAUCGGGAUGGUGUACGACGAUGCCGAGCGCAUUUACGCCAAGGUCGCUAAGAAUGGUUCUCAGCUGCUCGAGGAGGCAGUCCAGGCGCUCUUCAGGCAAUCGGUCCCUAUCAACCCCACUGCGCCCUUCACCCACUCCAGCUCGGGUAAGGGUAAGAUCAUUGCGAUCAACACGCUAGGCAAGCCCAGGAGGGAAGUCGUAGAGAUCAACGUCAGCGGCAAGGGUGCAGAAGCCCUUAAGAGCCAGACUGUCCAGAUCUCGAAGAACGGAGAGAAAGGUUACGUUCUUGUGGACGUUGCUGAUGGUGUGAUAGGCGAGGUGAAGGGCAUGUUCGCUCAUGUCAGACCCGCAAGUGCCCACAAAUUGCCGAACGGUGACUUUGUCUUGGAGAACUCAAAUGUUAAGAUGGUCUUCUCCAAGGGUCGCAUCAUCAGCCUGUACGAUAUUGAGCUCCAGCGCGAGCUGAUUCCGAAAGGCUUGACUGGCGGUCUGAUCUACUUCAACGACCAGCCCGGUUACUGGGAUGCUUGGGAUGUAGAGAAUCACCAUCUCGAGGCUCCCCACCCGGUCGCCUUUGAGGAAAUGGUCAUCACUGAGAACGGACCUAUCCGCGCUCAGCUAGCCACUACCGUCAAAAUUGGCAAGAGCACUGUCGAUCUCACCAUCUCUCUCGAUGCUAUUCCUGGGUCGCUCAAGGCAGAUGCCAGGUCAUCCUUCCGUUUUGACGCUCGUGUCGAUUGGCACCAGCGUCACGAAAUACUCAAGUUUGAGAUCCCGCUUGAUAUUCAUUGUCCCAACGCGAACUUCGAAAUGCAGUUUGGAUAUGUCGGCCGGCCGACGCACAGGAAUACGACGUGGGAAGCGGCCAAAUUCGAAGUCUGUGGUCACAAGUACGCCGACCUAUCCGAAUUCGGCUAUGGCGUAGCCCUUCUUACCGAAAGCAAAUACGGCUAUUGCGCCGACGGGCAAUACGUUCGCAUCUCCUUCUUGCGCGGCUCGACGAGCCCCGACGCAGAGCAGGAUCAGGGCGAGCAUGCGUUCUCCUGGGCCGUCUACCCCCAUGUUGGUAGUUUGGCAGGCGCGGACGUUCCUGGCGUCUCGCGCGAGUUCAACUAUCCCUUGCAUCUUCGCUACAUCCCUGAUGGCGUGUCUCUGUCUAGUGUGUCGCACCUGGUUCGGGAAGUGCCAUUUACGAUCGAGGAGGCUCCGAAUGUCAUCAUCGACACGGUGAAGCGCGGCGAGGAUGACAAGUUCGACAGCCAUCACACUGGCCCUACCACAAUCGUAUUGCGUCUGUAUGAGGCAUACGGCGGCCACGCGACUGCGAAGCUGCGCAUAUCAAGCCUGGUUCCCGUCUCUAAAGCCCACAUCACCAACAUCCUGGAGGACGAGCUUUCCGUCGUUGAGCUUAGUCGUGCACCAUCCACUGGACUUGGGAAAGGCGAAGAUACCAUCCUUGAGAUACCCUUCCGAGGCUUCCAGAUUGUCACUGUGAAGCUUACUCUGGACGUUGGUCUACUCUCGAGUGGCUCAAGCGAGUCGGGAAGUCCAACACGAGAGGGGUGGGUAAAGGUAGCGAGAGGCUCUGUAUGAUACAAUGUAACGGGUUGUGGGUUCUAAAUACGAAAACAUUCACCAUGAUGUGAUGAUAGCCAUUCUGGACCACAGGAAAUACUUCCAGUUACAGCACAUAGCGAAAAGCGGGUUUUCUAAAUCUAAUAAUCGCACCUUUCA